AUGCUUGAAGCCAUUUUCGUGCGCGUGAAUACGGCAGGGUUAGAGUCAGACGGACCUAUCCGUCAGCGGCGACGUUUUAAUGUGCUGACAGGAUAUCAUUUAGGAGAGGAGUACUGGAAUAACAUGAUGAACAUAAUCCCGAGAAUCGAGCACAAGAUGCUUACUUCUAACUCUCGUCUAAAAUCACAAAUGGCUUCUGGAAGACUCGGCAAGAGACGCAGCGCCGGAGACAUCAACCAGCAUAGGCUGUCUAAAACUCCAUACGGCUUGCUCUAUCCGACAAAACUGCCGACUUUUCACUAUCUCCUACUAUUCGGGGCGUCCGGCGGUCCUCCUCCAGUACAAACCUUGGACGUGACCGCCUCUAAAUACUACGCUCUUUACGCAUCCCCCAACUCCUCCACGCUCGUUAACGUUAACCCCACAAUGGCACAGAGCAGCAGCUCUGGCAUUCCUAUCGAUGUCGAAGAGGCCGUCCGUACUGCAGGCUAUACCAUCAGCACGGACGACUCUCCUUCCCAACUCUCUUUUCCCUCUAAACAACCAACUACUGUCAUCGCUAAUACUACCAGCUCACCCUCCCGGAGAAUCGUGAAAACCGUCACGCAAUCCACCACCUCUCUCCCUCGCAGUGUCAUCGUAACCCACGUCGAAGGCGACAAUGCUAGUUCUAUACACGAUCUCCAGCAAGAUAUCCAAUCGAUACGCAGUCGAACCUUUAGUGGACAAAGUGGUGCUUCGGUCCUCUCUGCCCAACUCGCAAACAAUGCCGCAAUCUCGAAUGGAAUAUACGGAUGGUCGUCCACGACCUCCUUUGUAGAUAACGCCCACGAGGGUCAACGCUCCGUCGUCUCCCUCGCUGUCCCAUACUCACCCGCGGGGAAGGCACAGUCUGUCACGUCCACCAGCGUCGCCAACCUCGUCCACGACGAAAACAACAAUGCCGCACUCCCAGACGGAUUCAUCCGCAAGCACACCGUCUCUACCACUUCUUCCCGUGUCGAAACCAAGUCUCUUGCGCCUUCGCACACUAGUUCUACACGAUAUUCGGUCGUCGUUUCAGGCGGCGACGCCCCUGCCGGCAAUUCGAUUAUGAAGAAACAAGUCUUUUCUACCUCUUCUCGCAGUCUCGUAUCCGUGACUUCUCAAACUUCACGCGUGGUCGUGAAAGGAUCGUCUUCUCAGGCGAAUAACUCGGCUGUCAUUUCCGGUGAGGGUGGUGCACACUGCUCCACCACCGACCUCGUCUCCACGCAAACACGCACACGUCUAGACAGUGAAUCGGCACCAUCUGAACAUGAAGAGAACUCGGUCGUCGUUUCCAAGGGAGGCCAAAACGGCAAUCUCUUUGUGACGAAAAAUGUUUCGGGAAUGAAGAGUACGACAAGUGUGGUUACUACCACUAGUGUUGAUAGCCAUGGUGCCAAUCGAUCCACCACCAACGUCGUCUCGACUUCACAAGGACGUUCUCGCCGCGUCAGCACCGAGUCCGCACCCGAAGAGAUCGUCUCGACCGAUAUAACCAAAGCAAACAACUCGAGUUGUGUCAAUCUAUCCGAACGUUCUCGCCGUGACAGUGUCGAAUCAGCACCUUCUGAACUCGGAGAACACGUCCAAGAUGUGGUCGUCCCAUCCAAGAGGCAAAGCACGACCAGCACCAAGGCCCCGGUCAAGAGAUCCAGCUACAUUGCUCCUCCAGAGUGCACCACUCCUCACCGUUCCGCUACGGCUACUCCCACCAAAGAGCGCCCCCACCAUACUCGCAGCGGUAGUGCCGAGUCUGCACCUUCAGACCUGGACCACAUUCCCGACGCGGUCCCCAAGCCAACCAAGAGGCAAAGUACGCUUGGUGCCCAACCACCUUCCAAGAGGUCGAGCUACAUUGCCCCGACCCCACGAAGCAACACUCCUCAGCGCUCGGCUACAGCCACACCUACUCAAGGACGUUCGUAUCCUGUUCGCAGCGAGAGCCCCGAUUCUGCGCCCUCUGAUUUGGACCACGUCCCAGAUGUCGCACCAGGAUCCAAGAAUCCCUAUAAGCGCACAAGCGUGAAUGCUCCCAAGACCGAUGCAGCAGCCGACGAUAGCUAUUCUACCAACAGGCGUGGCGGAUUUGGCAUUCACCGGUCCAAUACGGUCGAUGAUGCUACCAAUCGAAACGUUCCCCGACGUGAUAGCACAGACAGUGCCGAAUCUGCUCCUUCAGAGCUCGACCACGCUCAAGGUGUCCCGGUCGCCACUUCUCGUCCUCCUUCCAAGAGACAGAGCCUCGUGCCUGUCGCUGAUUCCAAGGACGUAUAUGGCAGGCGUACCCCUCAACGUUCGGCGACGAGUGUCGUUCCACCUGAACCAUGUCACGAGAAAUCAGACAGUAUUCAUAGCGCUCCUUCUGAGCUGGACCACGCACAAGCUGGUACCGCCUAUGGCAACAAAUCGGAUAGACGCGUCUCCCGAAGCCCCGUCCCAGUCAAUGACCCUCCCGUUCGCGGAUACAGCAUCGACAGUGUCAAGUCUCCCUUUGAAGAGCAUUGCGAGCCACAGCCUACCAGCAAGCCUAACGCAGAACUCCCCUCCGAUCAACCACGCUAUGUACCAUUCGCCUUUGAGCGUGAACCUCCUGUAGAGACCAAGAACAUUCCUACCAAACCAGCUGUUGCUCCUGUCAAGCAUGGUCGAACUAUCAGCAUGGAGAGCAUCGACCUCGCACCUUCGAGGCCCAAUCCUCCAAAGCGCACCAGGACCCUCGAUCCCACAUGUGAAGAACCUCCCACCCGCCAAAGUAUGGAGAGCGCACGGUCCGCUCCUUCCCAACUCGGCCACGGAACCACUCCCGCUGUCCCUUAUGAAAUGUAUCAACACAGGCUCCCUUCUUCUGCCAGUCAAGGGGUCUUUGUCAAGCCCAAGCCUUCCAAAGCUCGCCGCUCACACAAGACAAGGUGCUGGAUCAAUCUCUGGAUUUUGUUGGCGUAUAUUACUGGUGCCAUCUUUGCGCUGGGACAUCACUUGUUCCUCGCUUCUAUUCAUCAAAAGGACGUCUUGCUUUAUUCUCAAUUCUGGGUCAAGAACCUGAGCAAUGCCUUUUCUCAAGCAGUCUCUAUCACCUUGGGCUUUGCCGUCACCCUCUGCAUCACCGAAGGAGUCUGGAAAGCGAUCAGGGCUGGCAAGACGGAUAGCGAAGUCACGAGCGACCUCUUUGCACUCCCCUCUGGAACGAGCAUCUUUGCAUUUAUGAAGAGACGCUGGAAAUUCACCUGGAUCAUUCUCGUCUUCCUCGCCGUGGUGUACAACCUGCUUGCCUUUGUGAGCAUGUUUGCACCAAACGCUCUGAGCGUUGGACCCCGCGACAUUACCAGUGACGUUCCCGUACCCAACCUCAACCUCUCUGCCGUCCCUGCCGAGAAUGGAAGCAACGGAUGGUCAACUCUGAUGAGGCACCAAAUCACUACUCCGGUGGCUGACAACUGGAACGUCCCGGCACUCU